CCAAGCAAUGCGUUUAGUUUCAAAAAUCUCCAAAUCUUUGAAUCUUUAAGACAAAUCCCUCUCUCAAUUCUAUAAUCAAACGUUCAAUUGUAAGUAUUCGCUUCUAGAUUUAAUUUCCAUUUUUAGCUUUCUUUUCUUUGUAGUUUAUUAUUAAAUUAUAUUCCCAAUUUUUUUUAUUUCUCUGUUUAUUUUUUAAGAUUAACAGAGGUUUUGUAUAUACAUCUUGCCAUAGAGUAUAAAAAUUUGAUUCUUGAAUUUAGUAAAAAGGGGAAAAAGGAUUAGUUAUGAAGUCUAGCACUUGUAUUGGAAUAUCCAGCAUGAAACCUUGUUGUAUAUUCCUAGUAAGUUAUAGAAGCUCUUCUAUUUUUGGGUUUUCUCCCCCAAAAAUGAGCCGUUCCGGUAUCCGUAAUUUGUCGAAAUCACUUUCUAAGGCGGUUGAUCGCCGUAGGUUGCACUCAUGUAAGCAUAAUAAGUCGCAGAUCGUAGGUUAUAAGUGUGUUGCUGAUCCAAAUUGGAGGGCUUUUAGUGUGUCCGAUUCAAGCUGGGGUCAGUCUAGGGUAUUUAGUGAUAGUUUCCGUGUUGAUAAAGGUAGAUCAAGGGGUGUUUUAGUAAUUCCCAGAGUAGCGUCGGAUUUUAGGAACCACUCGACAUCUGUUGAACAUCACCUUAAUGAGAAGAAUUUCGAGAGGAUUUACAUUCAAGGUGGGUUGAAUGUGAAGCCUUUGGUGAUUGAGAGGAUUGAGACGGGUGAUGGAUUAGUUAAAGAGGAUAACACUGGAAUAAAUGUUAGUGAGUCAGAUGUAAAUACAAAUAAUGUAGAGGGUUCGAAUCUGACCGAACCUAGGAUUGAGAGAGAGGUGUCUGAGAUUGAGAAAGAGGCAUGGAACAUACUACGUGGUGCUGUGGUGAGCUAUUGCGGAAAUCCAGUGGGGACCAUAGCUGCUAAUGAUCCAGCUGACAAGCAGCCGUUGAACUAUGAUCAGAUAUUUAUCUGUGACUUUGUACCUUCAGCGCUUGCCUUUCUGCUAAAUGGGGAGGCAGAGAUUGUGAAGAAUUUUCUUCUUCACACAUUGCAGUUACAGAGUUGGGAGAAGACUGUGGACUGCUAUAGCCCUGGGCAAGGAUUGAUGCCAGCAAGUUUCAAAGUUCGAACAGUCCCUCGUGAUGGAAGCCCUGAAGCAUUUGAAGAGGUUUUAGAUCCUGAUUUUGGUGAAUCAGCCAUUGGUCGUGUUGCCCCUGUUGAUUCUGGGUUGUGGUGGAUUAUCUUGUUGAGAGCUUAUGGGAAGAUCACUGGUGACUACUCAUUACAAGAUAGGGUGGAUGUACAAACAGGCAUAAGACUGAUCCUAAAUCUGUGUUUAACUGACGGGUUCGAUAUGUUUCCUUCACUGUUGGUCACUGAUGGCUCCUGUAUGAUUGAUAGACGAAUGGGUAUUCAUGGCCACCCUCUCGAAAUACAAGCCUUAUUCUAUUCCGCUCUGCGUUGCUCUCGGGAGAUGCUCACCGUGAAUGAUGCAACCAAGAAUUUGGUAGCUGCCGUAAACAACCGGCUCAGUGCACUCUCAUUUCAUAUCAGAGAGUAUUACUGGGUUGAUAUGAAGAAAAUCAACGAGAUAUAUCGUUACAACACAGAGGAAUAUUCAACAGAUGCCAUCAACAAGUUCAAUAUCUAUCCAGAUCAGAUUCCUUCAUGGCUAGUAGAUUGGAUUCCUGAUGAAGGUGGCUACUUUAUUGGCAAUUUACAGCCUGCUCACAUGGAUUUUAGGUUUUUCACACUUGGAAAUCUUUGGGCCAUUGUUUCUUCUUUGGGAACCCCAAAACAGAACAAGGAUGUUCUGGAUUUGAUCGAGGCAAAAUGGGAUGAUCUUGUGGCUAACAUGCCUCUUAAGAUUAUUUACCCCGCACUGGAGUCUGACGAAUGGCGGAUCAUCACUGGAAGUGACCCAAAGAAUACCCCAUGGUCGUAUCACAAUGGUGGAUCGUGGCCAACACUACUGUGGCAGUUCACAUUGGCAUGUAUAAAAAUGGGGAAGCCAGAAUUGGCACAAAGAGCAGUUGCUUUGGCAGAGGAAAGGCUAGCAGUGGAUCAGUGGCCUGAAUACUAUGACACAAGAAGUGGAAGGUUCAUAGGCAAACAAUCCCGGCUCUACCAGACAUGGACAGUUGCCGGUUUCCUUACCUCAAAGAUGCUAUUGCAAAAUCCGGAGAAGGCAUCCCUGUUAUUCUGGGAGGAGGACUACGAGCUUCUGGAGACGUGUGUUUGCGGGCUUAGCAAAAAUGGUCGAAGGAAGUGUUCACGCCUUGGUCCUAGAUCGUAAUGACGGUUCAUUAAUUACUUUGGGUAGGUAGGAUGGGAUGGGAAAUAAUAAAAAGUUUGGAUGGAAGGGUAGUCAAGUGCUGGAUGAGACAUGGAGGUGACUGACUAAUAAUUUUUAAGUACCAACAGCCAUCAUUCAUGUAAUAUACUUGUUUGCUGCAUCAUUCAUUGACUGACCUUAACUCAAUGGCUCAAUUUUGGGGGAGCCAUAAGGUUCUAAGCCUGAAUAAUUGAACAUAUGAUUCCAUUA